CUCAAAGAGCGCAUCAGCAGGAUUGGCGCAUCUGCUAUACUUAGCGGGAAUGUUAUUCCCACACAUCUGCAAUAAAGAGCGGGACCUCGCCACUUCUUCUGCAGUUCACAACCUCUCCUCUCAUCUACACAACCAUGUCUUCCCCCAAGAUUGCCAUCGUCAUCUACACCAUGUACGGCCACAUCGCCAAGUUGGCGGAGGCCGUCAAGGAGGGAAUUAAGGCUGCUGGUGGUGACGCCACCAUCUUCCAGAUUCCUGAGACACUUCCCGCCGAGGUUCUGACGAAGAUGUAUGCGCCUCCCAAGCCCGAUUACCCCGUGAUCGAUGCGGCCACCCUGGCCACCUUCGACGCCUUCCUCAUGGGCAUCCCCACCCGCUUUGGUACCUUCCCCGGACAGUGGAAGACCUUCUGGGACACCACCGGUGGACUCUGGGCCUCCGGAGGCCUGUCCGGCAAAUACGCCGGUGCCUUCGUCUCUACUGCCGGACUCGGCGGAGGACAGGAGGCGACCGUCCAGAACGCCCUCAGCGUCCUUGCCCACCACGGCAUCAACUUUGUUCCCCUGGGCUACGCACAUGCCUUCCCCCAGCUGACCAACCUCAGCGAGGUGCACGGUGGAUCUCCAUGGGGUGCCGGAACCGUCUCCUCCUCCGACGGCAGCCGCCAGCCCUCUGCGCUCGAGCUCGAGAUCGCGCAAACCCAGGGCAAGGCUUUCUACGGUGUCGUGAGCAAGGUCAAGUUCUAGACUUUUAGAAUAGAUGUAAUUAUCAGAAACAAGAAGUCAGAACAAUAUAGAUGACCUCAGUAGACUGUCACGGACGAUCGACUUGGCGCUGUGCGCCGUGGGCUCGAGCGGGAAUUUUUUCACCUUAUACGGUCAGGACAGGAGGCACAAGGCCCUGGACAUCGUGGGGGCCUCCGCCGAAUCGGCCUGUUGAUAAAAAGUGGAGAGCUGUUCGCUUCGGAGGGUG